AUAUGUAAUAUAUUUCCGCGACGUGAGAGAAAAAAACAACUUCAAAACAUUUUGUGUAAAAACUACGAAAGGCAAGUGUAAAUUCAAGAUAAUGGGUCGAACAAAAGGAUCUGGAGCCGCAGGAAGCAAACAGAUGCCAUCUGAAGGACAGAGCCCUGCAUCGUCGGAGGUGAGCACAUACAGCACCGUCUCUGCCGAAUCCAAAAUAAAGGAGAGCUUGAAAGAGCUGUUCAGUCUGAUUCACCAAGUGCAGGAAGAGAGAACCAGAGGGGAACACAAUCUUUCAAAUAUUGCCAAGACACAUGAGAGAAUGCAGCAAGAACAAAAAAUCACUCCAUAUUACAAAAGCAAGCUUCGCGGCCUGUACAAUACAGCUAUGCAGGAUGCAGAAGGAGAGGCCGAAUUAUUGCGAAAAGCCUUGGAUAAGAUAUCUGAAAUAAAAAGUAUACGAGAAAACAGAAGAUUUGAUUCAGACCGACCAAAGCCCAUCAUGAGACGAGGUGUUCUUAUGAACAUGCUUCAACAGAAUGCAGCCACUUUGCCAUUGUGGGUCAGCAAACCUGGAGAAAGGCCACCCCCGUUGUGUGGAGCGGUUCCCGCAGACAACAACUACAUUGUGAAGCCAGGUGAUAAGGUGGCAUCAAGGGUCAAGGUUUCAGAUGGAGAGGAGAACUGGAUUCUGGCCGAAGUUGUGUCCUUCAACUCAAGUACAAACAAGUACGAGGUGGAUGACAUUGAUGCUGAGGAAGGAAAGGAACGCCAUACUUUAAGUAAGAGGAAGAUAGUUCCACUGCCUAUCUGGAAGGCAUCACCUGAAACAGACCCAGAGGCUCUGUUCACCAAACAUGCUCUCGUGUUGGCACUCUAUCCUCAAACAACAUGCUUCUACAGAGCUCUUAUCCACGAGCCACCAAAGAAGCCACAAGAUGAUUAUUCAGUAUUAUUUGAAGACACCUCCUACCCUGAUGGAUAUUCCCCACCCUUAAUGGUGGCACAGCGUUAUGUCAUCAUGUGCAAAGAGGAAAAGAAGAAAUGAGCAAUUAAACUUCACAUUAGCAAUGAUAAGAUUUACCUCCCUCUAGCUGGUUGGAUGUGUACAAAACAUUGUUCUUAUGGUUAUUUGGAACUUUGUGAAAAGGAGCCGUUUGUAGAGAUUUACUAUUGUAUCUUUUGGAUGUGUACGCUCACAAUAUCAAUCCAGUUUGUUUUGAUGAUGUGAUCGUGUGAAUAUACAUAUUAUAUUUGUUGUUUGUUUAUAAUUAAACCAAAUAAUAAUAACAGUGAUAACAAAUGAUCCUUUUGCUGUUUUGUUCCUCUAAAACUAGUUGAGUACAAUUGAACUUCAGUUUUGUCAACGGGUGAAUUUGUAUUAGAUAGCUGAAAACAGAUGUACAGAUUAUUUAAAGCAUAUGUACAAUGUGCAACCUGUUUGUUUGCAUUGCAUACACAAGAGUAUUGAUGCGUUUUUAGCUUACCUGAGCACAACGUGCUCAUGGCGAGCUUUUGUCAUCGCUUUUUGUCCGUCGUCCGUUGUGCGUUGUGCAUUUGCCUUGUUAACUCUCUAGAGGCCACAUUUAUUGUCCAAUCUUCAUGAUAUUUGGUCAGAAUAUUGGUUUCAAUGAUAUCUUGGAUGAGCUCGAAAAUGGUAACGUUUGCUUGGAAAACAUGGCUGCCAAGGGGCAGGGCAUUUUUCCUUAUAUGGCUAUAUAUGGCUAUAGUAAAAUCUUGUUAACACUCUAGAGGCCACAUUUAUUGUCCAAUCUUGAUGAAAUAUGGUCAGAAGAUUUGUCUUAAUGAUAUCUUGGAUGAGUUCGAAUAUUGGUACAUUUGCUUAAAAACAUGGCCACCAAGGGGCGGGGCAUUUUUCCUUUUAUGGCUAUAUAUGGCUAUAGUAAAAUCUUGUUAACACUCUAGAGGCCACAUUUAUUGUCCGAUCUUCAUGAAACUCGGUCAGAAGAUUCAUCCCAAUAAUAUCCUGGACGAGUUAAAAAAUGAUGCCGGUUGGUUGAAAAACAUUGCCACCACGGGGGCGGGGCUAUUAUUCUUAUAUGGCUAUAGUAAAACCUUGUUAACACUCUAGAGGUCACAUUUAUUUUCCGAUCAUCAUUAAACUUGGUCAGAAGAUUUGUCUCAAUGAUAUCUUGGAUGAGUUCGAAAAUGGUUUUGGUUGCUUGAAAAACAUGGCCACCAGGGGCGGGGCAUUUUUCCUUAUAUGGCUAUAUAUGGCUAUAGUAAAAUCUUGUUAACACUCUAGAGGCCUCAUUUAUUGUCCAAUCUUCAUGAAAUUUGGUCAGAAGAUUGGUCUCAAUGAUAUCUUGGAUGAGUUCGAAAAUGGUACAUUUGCUUGAAAAAAUGGCUUCCAAAGGGCGGGGCAUUUUUCCUUAUAUGGCUAUAGUAAAAUCUUGUUAACACUCUUAAGGCCACAUUUACUGUCCGAUCGUCAUGAAACUUGGUCAGAAGAUUCAUCCCGAUAAUAUCUUGGACGAGUUAAAAAAUGAUGCCAGUUGGUUGAAAAACAUGGCCAGAGGGCGGGGCAUUUUUCCUUAUAUGGCUAUAGUAAAACCUUGUUAACACUCUAGAGGCCACAUUUAUUUUCCGAUCUUCGUGAAACUUGGUCUGAAGAUUUGUCCCAAUAAUAUCUUGUUAUCUCAGGUGAGCGACUUUGGGCUUUUCAAGCCCUCCUGUUCUAUAUUGGCUGUAUCAUGCGAAAAUAGGUUUAAGCCAUAGGUGGCCGGUGUACCCUGUUCGCUAAUGAGACAACAAAACACUGUGUGGUUUUCAAGUGGACAGUGUAGCUCCUGGUCAAACUGCGCUGGCUAGUCUCAGCUUCACUGUUCGCAUAUGGCAUGAGACAUAUUUUUGCAUUGUCCCAACGAAUAUUUUACUGUAAAUAAUUGUUGCACAUGAUAAUUGUUGGUAGUCUUGUGCCAGCGUCUUGAAUUGUAGUGUUCAAGUCUUGGUUAUGAAUGUGAAUAUUGAAGAAUUGCUGUGGAAAGAAAGAGGCAAAAUGCUUAGUUUUACUUAAAGGGACCAUCAACCACGAAUGACGAAAAAAGAAAAGUUCUAAAAUACCGUGUUUUUUUUUACAAUUAUUAGUUUAUAUUGAUUAAAUAUAUCGACUGGUAUAUUACAUUACUUGAAAAAAAAGUGUACUUUCGAUUUCACAUCACAAAAUUUUAUUACCGAAUAUACAGAAAAUAUGAAUUUUGUUCAAGUAAUGUAAUAUACCAGUCAUUAAUCAAAAUAAACAAAUAAUUGUAAUAAAAUACGGUAUUUUAGAAGUUUUAUUUUUUCAUCAUACGUGGUUGACGGUCCCUUUAAGCAAUUUAUACUUGGGCUUAAAAGAAGACACAUAAAUUGGUUUGAAUAUAAUCUUAUUCAGAUGAUUUCGUACUUUUGAAUAGCAAUGCUUGAAUGUAGGUUGUGAAUGUUUUAUUUUUAUGCUAUUAUUGACCUGGUAGGGAAGUUUUGCAUCCAGUUUCUGAUACUCUUGUCUCUUCAGUAUUGGUCCGUAUGAUUGGGCAAUGUAACUUCACAUAUUUUGUACUGUUUCAUUCUACAGAAUGUUUAUUGUACUGCUUAUUGAUUCCUGAUAAUAAAUUAUGUUAUGCUUUUCCACAGGAGAUUAUUGCCUCAUUGAAUAAAGCUUCAGCAAGGAAAUAAAGCUGAAAUCUUAGAAAGAUCUUUAUUUGAUAAAUACCAUCAAUAUAUACUGAUAUUUUUCUCUUUGAAAACAUAUAAGUUGGCUUUUUGUUAUAAUAUCUUAUUCAUUUAAUCAAUAUUUAGGCUGUAUAUGAAACUGUAUCACAUGCAUAAAAAAACACCAGUCUUAGCAAAAACUUGUAACCAUUCUAGGGGCAGCAUUUCUAGCUUGAUGUAAGAUUGUUCUUGACAAUGUGUAAGCAAUCUUUGAAUCUGGUUCAGAUGCAUCUAAAGACUUGGCCACUGGGUCAAAUCUUUUAUUUAAAACGGAUUCCUCUUUAGAGUCUUUAUAAUGACUCAGUCUUGGUGAAAUUUUGUAAGACUGUAUAUCUUGACAAUAUGAAGGCCAUAUUAAAAUCUGGGUCAAGAGUGGUCAAAAACUAGAUUUUCGGGUGAAGUCUUCAGCAAUUGGCCUCUUUAAAUUAAUGUAAAUGACUACUAGUAUGUGUUCAUCGGGGCAUACUUGUUUAUUGUUUAUGAAUGUGAGCUGCACAUUUUAUAACCAAAGCAAGCAGUGUGUUUGCUCUUAUAAGGGCUUGUUCUUAGAUGUUUGUAUUUUUAAUAUAUCAGUGAUAUAUCAGUAAAUGUCUUAAUUUUGCCAAUUAAAUUCAAUAUAGUUACAUCCAAUUAGUCAAUUUAUAGCUAACUCUACAUGGUCAUUCUGAUUUAUAUAUAUGUCUAGAAUGUUUUAUUUUGUUUGGUUGAAUCAGUUGCAAUGUAACAAUGAUGAGAUGUAACAGUUGAAACACUAUAUAUAUGAAUCAAUUAUUAUAUUAUUUAACAUUAUGAAUAUUUCAUAAGUCCAAUGAUGGUUACUUUUAUAACUAUAACUAUAGCAUGCUUUAUGUUAAAUUGUUUAUUUUGUUUCUUGACAAGUGUAUUAUUGUCCACUACCGGUGAAACCGGAGGGGACUUAUGGUUUGCGUUCUGUCUGUCAGUCUGUCUGUCUGUCCGUCACACUUUUCUGGAUCCUGCGAUAACUUUUUAAGUUCUUCAUAUUUUUUCAUGAAACUUAAAACAUGGAUAGAUGACAAUAUGGAGAUUAUGCACGUCAUUUCAUGUUGUUCCUCUGUCAAUAAUUCUGGUUGCUAUGGCAACAUAUAUGGGAAAAAAACAUUGUACUGAAAAUGGUGGAGUUUCACCGGUAGGGGUUAAUAUUGCUUUGCAAUCUCUUGUUUGAUUCUGUGAUAAAAUGAAAAUUUGUCAAUAUGUUGAGUCUUAUUCUGUGAAAACUGGCCUUAAUUCCUAAGCCUAGGCUAUAGUGUCGUUCCAGAACAGCAAGCAUAUUCUUUAUGAGCUAAUCAAGGACGAAACCUUACGCUUUUAAAUUAUUUUUUCCAUUUUAAGGAAGUAUCAUCUUAACCCUUUGCAUGCUGGGAAAUUUGUCUUCUGCUAAAAGGUCGUCUGCUGAAUUUCUUAAAUUAUCAUUUUCUUCGAUUUUUUUCAAAGAAUACUAUUAGAAUAGCAAAUAGUUUGGAUCCUGAUGAGACUCCACGUUCUGUGGCGUCUCAUCUGCAUCCAAACUGUUUGCAAAGGCCUUCAAAAUGCCGUUCCAGCACUGAAAGAGUUAACAAAAAUCCAGUUAAGGUGGAAAGUUUUUCUUCAGGUCAUACUGAACAAGAUAAUAUGUGACGACAUUUAACGCUAUGCAUUAAGCCGUGAUUACCUAGACCAUGGAUCACUUGGUCUGUCCGUGGACAGGCCCCUUAAAAAGUAGAAUUUCUGCAGAUGCAACUGCUUCACAAUGCAGACGGCCAGUAUGCAAGCAACUGUAUGAACUUAGUAGUGAUCCGUGUGUACCGAAACCGUUCAUUGUAACAAAGAUAUGCAUUUUCAACGGUGAAAUUGGGAUGAUUUUUACAGAAUAAACAUUCAUUCAAAUCAA